AUGUCCGAAUACGACGACAGCAAUCGUGCCUUUCUCCAGGCGUUCAUGGCACGCUCAUCCAUGACCUUUGAAGAUGCGCAACCCAUUCUAGCUGCGAUAUUAACAAUAUGUGAGGGGCGAACAGUUGAACCCGAGGAGGUCGGGGAAGACCAAUUCUCCAACUUUAUCUCGGCCGCCAACAACGCCGUGUCACCUUUCGACCUCGAAAUCAGAAGCUCACUGCCACAAGUCCUCCAGCCAGCUCAGCCAGAUGGCUCAACAGCACCACUAAAGCGAGUGUAUGCGCUUGUAAAUACCACGAGUGACGCUUUGACACAACUCGCGACCACUUAUUCCCCGGACGAGAUUGCAUUUCUCAAGCGCUUGCUUGACUACAUGUUUGUCACAAAUAAUACACGAGUAUGUGAAGGAAUGGUAGCUUCACAAAUGCAAGCCGUCCAACUCCAUAAGGCUCCGUCUAGCGAACGGCAAUCUACGAGCAACGAUUCAACACAAAUCCAAACCGCAGCAGUACAGUCAUUGCGUAUGACCCAAGCAGAAACCAUGAUUAUCCACUUGAUUGAAGAGGGCUGGUUGCAGAAGAGCCCGAAGGGCUAUCUCAGCCUCACACCACGAGCGCUGAUGGAGUUGCGGGGCUGGUUGGUCUUGACGUAUAACGACAUCGAUGACCGACCUAUAGAGCGGAUCAAGUUUUGUGCUGCUUGCAAAGAUAUUAUCACCGUGGGCCAACGCUGCGAGGACCAUGGAUGCAAUGGUCGGCUCCAUGACCAUUGCAUACGCAACUUCUUCCGCAUGCAACAAGCAGAGAAAUGCCCCGUGUGCAAAAAGGACUGGCCCGGUGAUAGAUUCGUGGGUGAGAGAGCGCUCACUGUGCACUCAAGGUCAAGCAACGCCGUUCCAGAGGAGAGGGAGUCAUCGCCUGCUGCGCCUAGUGCCCUUGGCGAAAUUUCCGAGGAGGAGAACGACGAGGAAGUAUAA